AACAAAUUGAAGCAAAAAUGAUCCUCUCAGAAGUGCAUUUUAUGUUAUUUGCACAGCCCGUAGACUUUUGUUGGAUAAGUCUUUCCAAAGAACCUUUUCUGUUAGAAAGUAUAUCAAGUAUAAGUUUAAGAUAUUUUCAGAGAAAACUUCAUUUUGACAGUAAGAAUUAGAUUCUUGUGAUGCAGAAUUAAGUAUAGAUUUCACUUGGCAAAAGCUAUUAUUAUCAUUCCUUUAUAAUAAUACAGAUUUAAAGCCAAGAGUGAUAUCAGGUAACACAGUAUACCAGAGUCUUAACAUGAUUCGGUGUCUUUAUACCAUAAAAUGUUAAAUAACUUGGCAAACCAAUAUCCUCACCAACGGGCAUUGCUGACAACUGCAGUAGCACUUUCUGACUAAAGAGUGAGUCACACACUUACCUUACAGACUAGUCAUAAGCUUUCUCUGAGUCCAAAAAAAAUACAAUUAACAAGACCUUGUUCACAAAACAUAGGUUUCACGUUUUAAAAUAGUUUGUCUAGAUUCGGAAGCUAAAGGGUUAGAAAGUAUGUGAACACAUCCAGAUGCAGAAGAGAGGAGGAAUUACUAGGCUGACAUCAAGCAGUCAAUGUCUUAUUUUUUGUGAGAAAACAGUUACAAAACAUGAAGAACGGAUUGGAGUUCACCUUUAAAAUAAAGCCCAAUUGUCUUAUUCCCUACCCAUGGUACACACUUAAGUUCCUUAAUAUCAGGCACAGGUUUAACUGAAGCAAACCAAGGGGGAAAUAAAACGUGCAGAUUUAUAGGAGUCAGCCCACUGUUAGGAAGGGCCUCCCUUAUAAAAACAAAAAGAAUAUCUAGAUAAGAAGGAGCAACUGGAUGAUUGUCCUGCAUUCUCUCACCUUCCCUUGGUUUUGUUUCCGUUUGCUUUCCAAAUAAAGUUCCCUCUGACAAUAUUGAUUCAAGUGCAGGUAAACUUACCACUCUUGUUUAUGAGACAAUUCCUGUAUGUGGAAAUACCUCAUCAUUCCUUGUAUUUAGUAGGCACUCAGAUACUCGUGUCCUGCCUUCAUUUUAUUUCACCAUGAUUAAAAGAGACUGACAUUAAAAAAAAAAGUUCUACUUUUAAAAAAAUUAUAUCCCCCCAAAAAUAUAUGCAUGUGUACACACACACACACACACACACACACACACCCAUAAAAAGUGUUUGACUUGAAAAUUCUAACGAAGGCAACCAAACCGAGCCUCUAGGCCCCUUCUCCUAAAGGAACAGUUUAGCCCUUCUUUGGUGGGUCCAGCUUCAUUUGUUUCCAUGAGACAGGUACCACCUUCUUUCCUCCUACACAAAAAGCAUCUUCUCGAGAAGAUGCUUUGUCUUGGUCCUAGGGAAGUUCUGAAGCCCCUUGAGUCUCUGGUUCAAACCUCACAGAUUCCUAAGGUCCUUGGUUCAGGUCCGUAGUCUAAGAGACAUACUGAUUCGGGCAAUUAUGAAAAUAGUCACCAUAAUGAUCUAGGCCCAAGAUUCUGUCUUUCACAAAACUUCAUGGAUACCUUUUAUUUAUGAUUGUUUUUUGGUAAAUAAAAAAUUGCCAAAUCGUCUGGUCCAUCACUCUUGUCUCAGAAAUUCCUAUGAUGUAUCAUCAGCCCAGCUGAUCAGCACGUGAAGCCUAGUGUUUUUACUCAGCUGAUAUUCUAGCCAAAAGCAAACAACUUUAUCCCUGUUGUUCAUCUGGCUUUAUCAUAGAUAAAUAAAUGUGCCAUUUCUAUUAUAAUUUUUGUGGUCUCUUAAGUAUCUUAGGGCCACACGUUGGGAAUCAUUGAUCUAGAGGUUCGUUCUCAACUAAGUCCCCAUCACUGCCACCCCAUGGCAGUGAUUUUGCCCAGAUAUCCUAUUAUAGAUCUAUAGUUCAACCAUUCAGCAACCACUUGAGAGCCUGAGUGCCAGGCCCUGUGCUAGAUGAUAGGACUGCAACAACAAACAAGACCCAGGGCCUGACUCGAGUUGCUCAAAGUCUAAAAGAAGGAAACAUUAUUAUUAAUGUAAUUAUUGUGACCAGAUAAGCAGAGUACUACGGAAGUACAUAGGAGGGCCCUAACUUCUAGGAGGAAAAGGAAAAUCCAAACAAAAUACAGGGAGUAGUAUUCCAGGCGUGGGCAGUAUGCUCAAAGACCUAGAGACAAGAGGGUGGGAAACUACAAAUUAUUUAGCAGGCUAAGAUACAGCAUACAAAGCAUAGCAAUAGAUGGGACCAGAUAAUAAAAGACUUGACUAAACUUGGAUUCGAUCCUGAGCAUGAUGGAAAGCCAUAGAAAGGCCUUAAGCAAGAGAGUUGCAGAGUUUUAGAACAACUCUCAACAAGGAUGUGGAGAUAGACCAGAGGGGCAGGCCCAGAGGCCAUCAAUAUCUUAGCUCUAUGGUAACCGCUGGGAUCUAUUAAGUUACGUACCUACCCAGCCACACUGAAAUGGGAAAUUUCGUUUCCUUCCCAGACUUCUCUUUUUUAAAAUGCCCAAUAUUCCUAUUUUCUUUCAUUUUACCUCAUGUAUAUUUUUGAACUCUUCUCUAUAAGGCUCUCUGUACCCUAUAUUUUGUUUGGAUGGUAAGCCUAGGACUAGCCUCUGAGACCUGGUCACAGUCUGACUGUUGCCAAAAAAACUGGGAAGGCUUUUCCAUGGAGCCCAAGCUUCUUACCAGACUUCAUGUUGGGCAAAAUUUUUAAACUAUAAUGCUAUGUCAACUUACCAUCCUAAAGCUCUAAGUUUGCCAACCCAAUUUCUCCAACUUGGUGUGCUCUUGAGCCCCUCCCACCAGGUUUCCAGUGGCUAAACAUUUCAUGUUUGUAUUUGAGCAUCAUCAGGAUGAGGUACCUUAUUCGUCUUUCCUUGACCACUUAUUCUGGACUGGAGUCUGCAGAUGGAGUUUAUUGGAGUUGAGGAAGCAGAGAGAAGAGGCGGCCAGCCAGGGCUCCCAGAGUUGUGGAAGGCAUGGAGGAGGGGUGAUAAAUGCUGAGGCGGCCCCUGGUGACCAGGCAGGGAACCUGAGCCACACUAGCCCCAGUGCCUGGAGACGAGCUGGGAGCCCGAGACAUGAACAAGAUCUUCCCCCAGGGGGAUGUCAAUGGCAUUGCUGCUGCUGGAACCAAAGCCCUCCCUGGAGAGGAAGGCUGCAGUGCCCUCUGCUGCUCCCGCCGAGGGACCUGCCUCUCGGCCUUCGUGCUGCUCCUGCUGGCAACUCUUGCGGCCCUGAUCGCCCUGGUCACCAUCCUGGGACACCCACCACGUGCACCAGGGGCCCAGGCCUGUGUGACACUGACAAACAGGACAGGCUUCCUGUGCCAUGACCGGAGCAGCUGCAUCUCAGCCAGCGGGGUCUGUGACGGCAUCCGCACCUGUUCACACGGCGAGGACGAAGAUGAGGCCUUAUGCCGAGAUGUGCCCCAGAGUCUCCCUAGCUUCCUUGUGGCCCGCUGUGGAGACCCGGCUGCCUGGAUCUACUCAGACCAAAAGUGUGAUGGGACCAACAACUGCGGGGAUUGCUCAGAUGAACUAAGCCCAGUGACAGCAUGCCCACCCUGUGGCCCUGGGUGGUGGCGUUGCCCCUCGACUUUCUUCAGGUAUUGUGGCUGUAUUCCAAGGAGCCUCUGCCGGGACCACGUGCAGCACUGCUCCGACUGGUCUGAUGAGUACGCCUGUCCUGGACCCUGAGUGGGCACCCAGGCCAGAGCGAGAGGCUGGUUGAAAUGGCACUGAUAAUCCUUCAUAUGAGAAUCAAAUCCAAGACCAUGAGGGCAGGAAGGAGCCUUCAAGAUCAUCUAGUGAGAUCUAUGCACUAUCAUCUCUGAAUAAAAAUUGUCUCUCCUGCUUUAAAGAUGUUCAGCUUCUCCUUGAAUGCAUCCAAUGACAGGGAGCUUACUACCAUGCUGUGCAGGUCCUAACAAGGAUGAGGAGUGCUGCUUCCACGAUGUUAGGCCUGUCUGUGGGGCCCCACAGAGGAAAUCUGCUCCUCUACUCCUGACCUUAUCACCCCGUGGAGCAAAGAUAAGUCUGGGGCUCAAACGCCAAGUUGAGGAGUUUAGCCCUUAGGGAUGGUACAUAUGUGAAGUGUAUGCCACUUCCUGUCCAUUUGGUCCCUAAGACAGAUCUUGCUGGGCUUGGCUACAGUCUUAGCAUUUUUCUCAUCUCAGUAAUCCUAGCAGAUCCUACUGACUGAUCACAUGAGAUUGCACCUGAGACGGGGCAUUUGUCAUCCUGCCAAUAGGAAGCCAGUCAUCCCGGAGGCUCUGAGCUGUAGAGUAGAAGGUCUGGAGAAAGAGCAAGCCUUCUGCCUGUCCCAUUCUCUACCCUACCCCGUGACCAGUGCCCAGCCAAGCAGCCCAGGUUUCUUGUAGUAUGGAUUGUAUUUCGGUUCCAGAGUCUGAGUGAAUGAGCUAUUUCUCUGCAUACUUUUCCAUCUUCACAACACCCAGAAAGGCAAGGAUGGAUAUCCCCAUUAAACAGAUGAGAAAACUGAGGCUCAAAGGGAGAAAUCACUUGCCCAGGAUCAUACAGCAAAGUCAGUACUGGAACUGGGACUCAAACACAGUCUAUGGUGUCCCAACCCUGAAUCCUUUCCUGCUACCAAUGUGAUUAUAUUUUGGCCGGGGGGAGUCCCUAUGGGGUAUUUUUAAAAGUAGCUUGAGGGUCAGAAAGUGUCCCACCCUUAUUCUGAAAGAGAGACUUGGAAUUUGGCCAACAAGAGGGUUGCUGUUGA